GCAGAGCCUCCGCCCGGGCCGUUUGCUGGUGGAGAAUGCGCCUGCCCCUGGUGCGCCGACGCCCGCUUCAACACCGCCGCAGGUUUCAUGAGGCACGUCACGACCUGCCACGAGGGCACGUCCAUCGACCAGCCCAUGCUCACCGUCCUUCGCGGCCUCGAGCGGGCUGUGUGCAUCGGCCCGGGGUGCGGAUGCAUUCGCCGCGUAGGCACUCGGCAGUGCCACCGGUGUGCAGGCUCGCACGCCGCGCGGCCCCUGGCGAUCGGAGACAUCGUCCCCGGGGGGCGGGGGGUGCCGCUCAGAGCUGCCCAGGCCGCCGUGCAACCUCCUCCAUCGGCCGAGCCCACUGCCGAUAAUAUCGGUGAUGUGCUCCUGCCGGAGGGCUUCACCCAACGCGUCAGGAGGACACCACCGUCCACCUUGGUGCACUGCCCGGUCGCUUGCCGCGAGCGGGCCGCCGCUAUCACAGAGGAGUGCUGGGCUGGCACGGCGGCGGGCAAGCCCGGCUGGUCUGCUUUGGAGGAGGGCCGGUCCAAGCUCCUCCUGGCUGCCAUCCCCCAGGGCACUCACAUCAAUGGGGAGAUCGCCCAUCGCAUCGAACUAUUCCGGACGCGUUCCUUCGGCGAUUUGCUCAACCGCGUGGAGAUGCAGGUUGCGAGUGCACGUGGAGGUGGGCCCCGCCGGAGGCGCGGGACGCCGGGCGAGGAGGCCCAAGACAGGAGAAAAGCACAGGCCAUUAGGCAGGCAGCGGAGGGCGCCUACUGGAAGGCGGUGGGCACCAUGACCAGCAACGUCGCCGACCUCAGCGCUGACAGCAACAUGCAUUGGGCUCGCGAGCUGCACCCGCCUGCGCGGGACCGUGCUUCCGCGCCGGCCGCCCCCAGCCCGCAGGGGGGUGGACAGGCGCUGCAGGCAGCGCCCGACGGCGAGCCUGGCCACCCGCUCCGGGACGUCCGGUUCGCUGCGCUAAAGGCCCCGGGGCCUUCAGGCUUACGCCCUGAGCAUAUCGCCGAGCUGCUCGGCGUUCGGAGGAGGCGGUUGGCGAAUAAGCUGCUCGGCACGCUAGGCCGCCUGCUUGACGCCAUCGCGGGCGGACGCCUUUGCGAGGAGGCGCGCUGGAUCACCCGAUCCCGAUCCAUCUUCAUAGAGAAGAAGGCUCCGCCUGGCCAGGCCCAGCCUCCGAGGCCGCACGGGCACGCGCCGCGCCCGUUGAAGGUUGGCGAGGCCUUGCGUGCCGCUGCUGCGAAACGCACGCUGCGGGACUGCGAGCGUCGUCUCCGGCCUAAGCUCCUGGAGAUGAGGCAAUGGGGAGUGGCCAUCCCAGGUGGUGCCGAGGCGCUAUGUCACUGGCGCUCCACGGUGGAGGAGGCCGCCCGGGCGGGCGUUAUCGAGCCCAUCGUGGCGGCAAACCUCGACAUGCAGAAUUUCUUCAACAGCGUCGAGUGGCCGGCGAUUCGGGAAUCGAUCGCCGAGCAUUUCCAGGAGGCGGAGGCGACGGUCAACUGGGAGCAGCAACAGGUCGGCACCUCCGUCCUACCUGAUGGUGCGGAGUUCCACUUUGACCGAGGCGCGGAGCAGGGGGAGCCCCUCGGGCCCAUCAAGGCCACGCUCCCGCUUGGCGACGCGAGGUGCCGCACAGACGUGGAGUUCGCAGCGUCUCACGGGCGCGGGGCUGCCCUCGGGCGCGCAGCGGACCUCCUGCGGCUGUACGACGCGCGCACGCAGGCUGCGAUCAACGCCUUCCUCGCCACGAUGCCGCCGGAGUGCGCGGACGAGAUCCGGGACCACGUGCGGGACGGGUUCGAGAGCGCCGCCCUGACGUGGCAGCGGCUGCAGGACGGGGGGAUGCCUCCCAACGCCAUGCGAGCAAUGGCGUCUCCCGCGGCCGGCCUGCUGCCCGACGCGGGCGCCGAGGACGACGAGCACCCCGAUGCGCGGGGGGCUGCGCGCGGCCCCCGGGUGCAGAGACUGCUUACCGCAGUUGUUGACAGGUGCGUCGCCGCGGGCGUGAAACAGUACUACGAGGAUGCGGAGGGCGGCUCCAGCCACGUGCGCCGCCUCGAGGACCUGGCCCACCCCGACGUGGACCAUGCGUGGCUGUGGUGCCUCUCCCACGCGCACGGGCGGGUGUUAGACAACGACGAGUUCGCGGAGGCCGGGCGGGUCCGCCUCGGAGCUGGGGGGCCAACGGAUGCAGGCGUAUGCGGUGCUUGCGGGCAGGUGGUGCUUGAUUCCGGUGGCAGCCACGCUUCCUGCUGCGCUGUGGGCGAGGCCACUCGAGGCCACAACGCCGUGCGUGACCUGCUCUACGACUUCUCCUUGACAGCUGACGACACCACUGAGAAGGAGCCUCAGGGGUUGAUCCUUUCCCGUCCAGCGCUUCGCCCCGCUGAUGUGCUGUCUCCCGCGGUCCUGUCGGGCCGCGCGGCGGCGCUGGACGUAGAAAUCACUUCCGUGGAGGCCGCGAGUGGCGGAGACGCUGCCGAAGCGAUGCGCCAGCGAAAAACAAGGGAACGAGAGCCUUUCGCGGACGAGCUGGCGUCUCAGAACAUCGUCUACAUGCCAGUGGUAUGGACGAACUUCGGCCGCCCGCACCCAGGCGGGUCGCUGCGCCAGUUCUUACGCAACCUGGGCGCUGAGAUCGCCAGGCGCCUGCUGGCGAGGGGGGCAGGCCUCCCGGGCUCUAGCCCGGCGCCGCUGUGCGCGCCGCCCGCCGGCGCCCAGGGCAUCCUGAAGUAA